AUUUAUGCACGUGGCCUUGUAUAGCGCGCUGUUCGAUUUUACGUGAACUCUCGUGUUUAGGAUUGAAGAACACCUGAGGGAUGUGCCACUCAUCAUGACUUACACCCUGCCUGAGCUUGUAGACCUUGCUCUGUGUUCGCCUGAAGUGGGUGCAGUGAACUUCAACAUCCUAAGAACAGUGCUGCUAACAAUUAUUGAAGAAACAGAUUUAAAUGACAUUGUAGUAGACAUCUUUGAAGACACACAAUAUAAUGGUUCACUCUCUCCACAUUCUGCAAAACUAGUAAAAGGUGUUUCAGAAGCAUCUUUGAAAUUAAGAAGCAGUUUCGAAAAACAUAAUUCGAUAACCAAAAAUGUUCUCGUUACUGGCACUGAUAAUUCUGAGUCUCCACCAGUACCUACAGAUGACUUAAAACAAAGUGAUAAACCAUGCCAGGAUUUAUUGGAAGAAAGAAGUUUACAAGGCAGAGGGUCUGAUAAAAUACGGCAGAAUGUAGAUGACAAUCUGGAACCUAUGCCUUUUCCUGAUCAAAAGCUGCUUGUAAAUUUAAAACAGGAGCCUUUAACAGUUCCAUAUUUACCUAGUGAUGAGAAUAAUAUUCAGUCAAAUCAUUCAAAAUAUGACUUGAAGUCUCCAAAGAAAUUUAAAAACAGUAAAUACUUCCGAAAGUUACAUAAUAGUUACAUGAUAAACAUUGCCAGGAACAUGGGCCUUACUGAUAAUGAUGUGAUCAGAACAAUUGAAACUUCUAUCUGGGGACUUCAAAACAGGGUGACAGACCUUGAGAAAGCUGUUGAGGAACUACAAGUUCUAUCCACCAAUGAGCUGUCUUCAACUGCUAAACUAACAGGAGAUGAAAAUCUAACUUUGAUAUCAAAUCUACGGGAGACUACAAGUUUUUCUAGUCAAGUGGAUGGCACUGAGGCUGGGUUAAAAAGGCAUCUAAAACCAAGCUUGCAGUCAACUGUCGACAUCAGUGUUACACUUACAAUAGAAGAUGCAUUAGGAAAGCUAGCUUUAAAACCAUCAUCAGCUAACAAUUUUGUCCAUGUUGCUACAGAGAAUGUUCCUUCUUAA